ACUUCUAACCCGAUUUACUUCCUCUCUUCUCUUCCUUUUGCCUCUUCUUAUAACUUUCGACGCUUCUACGACGACGCCGUGAAUUGGUCACCGGAGGGCACCGCCGUCGCUCGCCGCCAAUUACGCCGGUAUAAAAGAGUACUCCACUUCUUCCGGUUUAGAACGCUCAUUUUGCUUCCAGAUGCUGUUUCAUAUUGCAUUCACUCAAUGAAGUGCUGAGAAUAAUCAAGUGAGGUUUUUCUCUCUUGAUGACUUCCCCUGAACGACUUAGGAGUUAUCUGAAACAGGACGAUCGAGACUUAAAAUUUGAUGAUGACUGGGAAAGGGAUGAUAAGAGAAAAUACAGGUCAAGUAAGUCAAGGUCUGGGAACAGCGAAGAAGCUGAAGGUUUAGAUAGUAAUGGAAGAAGGAGAAGUACUGUGGACAGAAAUGAGAGUCGGAAAAGAUCAGGUGGAUCAAGCAAAGCUGAUGUUGAUGAGGAUGACUAUGAGGCCGAAAAGGACUCCCGUUCUAAGUUGAUGAAGAAGAAACAGGGGGAGAAUACAUUGGAGACGUUGAGCAAUUGGUAUCAGGAUGGAGAACUUGGGGGCAAGUAUGAAAAUGGAGACAAAACAGGGGGUAGAGGAGAAAUCCUAUCUAAUGAGAGUGUCAGAAGGAAAUCAACUUCAAGGUUUUCUGAUGGUGAUGGUACCCAGACAAGAAAUAAAGGUAAAAAUGAAAAGCUACAUGGUGGGGACUCUGAAAAUGCGCUGGAAAGGGAUUCUAGACGUUUGGAAAGAAAGGAAAGCGCCAGAGAAAAGGGUCAUAUGCUGUUGGAAAGCCUUAAAGAUCCAAUUGGAGACAAAAAUGAUAAAUACCCAGACAGUGACGAGAGAAAGAUUGACUGCGAUAGGAGUAAGAGAGGCAGAUUGUAUGCUACAGAGGAAGACAAUGGAGGAAAUGUUCCUAUACGGGAAGAUAAAUUGGGUGUGGAGAGAUGUGAGGAGCUUAGACAACUAAAAAGUGCCACAAGUCACGACGUGGCUGACAGCCUUGAAAGGUCUGUGGUAGCAGGUGAUGAUGUCGGCUUAGGGGUGAAAGAGAGAAAUAGGAGAGAGAUAGACUACUCCGAUAGGUCCAGGACACCUGAGAGGAGUGGAAGGCGUCAUUACGACUCAGAAAGCGUUGAGAUGGAAUAUGAAAAAAGAGAUACUUUCAGAAGGAAAGAACAAGAAAAAAAUGGUGUAAGAGAUGAUAAAUCAAAAGGAAGGGAUGAUGGCUGGAGUGAUAGAAACAGAGUUCGGGAUGGUUCUAAAGAUGGGUGGAAAAGAAGGCAAGGGAACUUUGUUGACAAGGAAAUAAAAGAAGAUGAUACACCUUAUGAACAUGGCAGAGAGUGGGAAAUGCCCAGACGUGGUUGGAUUGACAAUGAAAGG